GUAAAGGCACUUUCGACAAUUCUUGUAACGGCGUCUUUGAAACGUGUUUUUUAUGUGAUAAAAUUGUGUUCACUGAAGUAAAAACAAAUCUGUAAAAUGGUUAAAUUAACACCGGAAUUGAUUGAUCAGGCAGCACAGUACCUGAAUCCUGUAAGGGAUAGAGAAAUUGAUCUCCGUGGAUACAAGAUUCCAGUCAUUGAGAACCUUGGUGCAACAAUGGAUCAGUUCGACACCAUUGAUCUGUCAGACAAUGAGCUCCGUAAACUUGAUGGGUUUCCCCUCCUCAAAAGAAUGAAAACUCUCAUACUCAACAAUAAUAGAAUAUGUCGUAUCGGAGAGAAUCUUCAAGAAAAUCUUCCCAAACUUGAAUCAAUCAUCCUCACAAACAACAGUAUUGCAGAAUUGGGGGAUUUAGACAAUCUUUCCACCAUCACAACUUUAACCUCACUGAGUCUAUUAAGGAAUCCUGUAAUGGGAAAGAAACACUACAGACUGUAUGUUGUUCACAAGGUACCCAGCCUUAGGAUAUUGGACUUCAGGAAAAUCAAACUCAAAGAAAGAGAAGCGGCAGCUCAACUUUUCAAAGGAAAGAAAGGAGAGAAACUUGCUAAAGAUCUUGGCAGGAGAGCAAGAACGUUUGUUCCCGGUGCUGGUCUGCCGACUGAGCAGAAGACUGGUCCUUCACCAGAAGAUAUUGCAGCCAUCAAGGCCGCUAUUGCCAAGGCAGAGAGCUUUGAAGAGGUUGAGAGACUGAAACAACUUCUCCAGUCUGGUCAAAUCCCAGGCAAGGAUGACACUGCAGGCAAGAAAAAAGCACAAGCUGAAGGAGGAGAGAUGGAAGAGGAGAAAGAGGAAGAGGAGGAACCCAUGGAUGAAGGUCAAAGUCAAGCUCAAGGUCAAACAGGAUUUAAUAAAUGGGAACCUCCUAUUGCAGUACACUGACAGAGUAACCUGACCUAGCAACAGAAAAUAGACUGUUAGAGAGCAUGGAAAGCUUCCAGAACCCAUGACUGUGUAUCAUGUACAUGUACCUCAGCGGAUGUAAAAGAGAUUUAUGGGAAAUAUUUCCUGAAGUAUGGAGUCCACAUUGGCAAGAUAUGAAGUCAAAAAGUUUGACAAUAAUGUACAAUGUAAACAUCUCCAGUAAAGUUGUCGAGCCAUAUUCACGGUGGAUCGUUGAUAGGCGAAUCCUUGUAAUAUAUCUGCUCUGGUUGGAUGCAAGUGUUUAAGGGAACAUGAUUUGCUGGAAGCGAUGUUACAAGAAUCUGAAGAUUUGGAAGAAAUCCUUCUCUGAUUUAUUUUAGUUGAACUCUUAAGAUCAUGAUAUUACUUAGGAUGUUUACUUUUGGUCGAGAUAGCCGUUUAUGGUGGACGACAGUAAAUAUGGAUUACCAAGUCCAUUCUGGGAUAUAUAUCAAGAGCCUCUUUGUUCACCCAGGCUAUGAUGAUUCUUUUUUUACCCAAGGUAUCAUGCUUGAUUAGUUGUGAGAUAAUGAAACAAGAAGUUGUUUGUUGUUAUUUAAUUCCUGAAGUACAGGAAUGCUACAUUAGAAUAUAUUGAAAAAUAUAUAAAGAAAAAGUCAAAAGAGUGCCAACACUGAUAAUAUGAUGGUUUCAACGAGUAUGGUUAAAAAAUUCAUGUUUGUGAGGAAAAGCAAUCACUCUCAAUAAUUGAAAUGAAGUAUUGAAUUAUUAGAAUGUAUCAUUAGAAAAUAAUACACAAAGUAUGGAAUUAAUCUUGGAAAGUGGAAUUGUAUGGUUAACCUUGACAGAAUCAGAUCAAGGAGAUGAAUUUUCUGUUAGAUGAAUUAAAUUUUCCACAUUUUCAAAAUAUUAUUUUUAGAAAUCAUUGAAGAUUACCUCAGUUAUCAAGUCUCAUAAGGUGCAAAUAAGCCAGG